ACCGCGAGUGCUGUGGUAGUUAAUUGAGUCUUCCUCUCAGAAGCAGGGGCGGACUGACCAUUUGGGAACUCGGGCAGUGCCCGAGGGCCCGGGGUCAGUAGGGGGCCCCAUGAGAUGCCCCUGGUACCUUUUCAUAGGCUUUUUUGGGUGUGGUUUGAGUGUGGGCGAGGACACAGGGGCCCCAUGAUCCCUUAUUGCCCGGGGGCCCCAGGUAGUUGUCAGUCCACCCCUGGUCAGAAGUAUCGGGUUGCCCGUACAGUAUGUUUGAGCACACAGAUACAAUGACA